CCGAAUAAUAGUUCAGCCGGUGGGGUUCUGUAUCGGGAGCGAACUCGCGAGUCCGAGUUCGCUGAGCAGUGAAACCCAUCGCUGCUGACACACGCGACUUUGGGACAAACCCACCCUAGAUUUACUGGGGUUUAAGAUCAACUUGACCCUGUUCAGACUCCCUCACUCACCCCGGUGCUCACUCCUUGGAUCCGCGAAUCCUCCAUUUUCAGGUCAAAACCGAAAGGGAUUUCGGAGGCGUGACGCCAAACGCGCACCACAAGCAGGCCAGAACCAGAACCGGGUUGGGUCCGAGAUGGCGCUGUCGAAUGUCCUGCAAACUCCGGCUGCUGGGUUCAGCUUCGAAAACACGUCCAGAAAUGCAGCGUUUGAUGAAGCUCUUAAAGGACCAAAACCGAUGAAAACGGGAACCACCAUCGCUGGCCUUAUUUUUAAGGAUGGAGUCGUGUUGGGCGCCGACACCAGAGCGACGUCCAGCGAUGUGGUGGCUGAUAAGGCGUGCGCCAAGAUUCACUACAUUGCCCCAAAUAUAUUCUGUUGUGGCGCAGGAACGGCGGCGGAUACUCAGAAGACCACCGACCUUCUCUCCUCCAACCUGACCAUCUUCUCCAUGAACAGCGGGAGGAAACCCCGCAUCGUCAUGGCUGUCAACAUUCUGCAGGACAUGUUGUACAGGUAUCGCGGAAGCAUAGGCGCCAGCCUCAUCCUUGGAGGGGUGGACUGCACCGGGAGCCACCUCUACACAGUUGGACCGUACGGAAGUGUCACGACAGACCGUUACCUGGCGAUGGGAUCUGGAAACCUCAAUGCUCUAGGGAUCCUCGAGGACGGCUUCAAACCCGACCUCGAGUUGGAGGACGCCAAGGAGCUGGUGCGUGCCGCCAUCCAGGCGGGAAUCAUGAGUGACCUCGGCUCUGGACACAACAUCGACAUCUGUGUCAUCACCAAGGAAGGAAUCGACUACAUCCGUCCGUACCAAGAGUCGGAAUUUAAGGUCACCAGGGAAAUUAAAUACAAGUUCGCUCCGGGCACGACUGCAGUCCUGAGAGAGAAGGUGGAGCCCCUGAAGCUGGAGCUGGUGGACGAGAGCGUGAAGCACAUGGACACGGCCUGAAGAGGACCAAGCGUUUGAUCAGAAAUGUCACGUUGUUCCGUCUGUUCUGUAUCUGUCUUUGUCAACGAACAAGCUUUUAAAAUAAAGAGACUUGA